GUCGGCAUUGAUCGGUCGGACGCGGCCUUCACAGCACACGGCACAGCUCUCUUUUUUAGCUCCAGCGCGAGAGAGGGGAGGGAAAGCAGAGGAGAGAUAAGACCAGGGCCGAACAACCACGACGAAUCAGGCCAUUCCCCAGCCAAAAGGGAGCAGACCGCAACGAUGGGUCUGUUUUCGCGGAAGCCCAAAACGCCCCGGCCUCUGACCAAAGACUCGGCCAGCUUUGACUCGGACAACUCGCACCACAACAGCAACAACUACAUCAGCAACAGCCAGAAGAACAGCAACGUUAAGAGCAUUCGCUCCAACACCUUCAGCUUCAAAAGCAACAGUCGCACCUCCGCCUCGAGCCUCGGUGGUCUUCAGAGCCCCUUGCCCCCCAUGACGCCGCAUCUGCCCAAGAUCAACCUCCCCAAGCCCCCAGACCCGUCGCUCGAUGCUGCGGGCUACCUGAGGAGCCUGGGCGCCGUGCGCGAGAGGAGCAAGAUUAUCACCGAGAAGGCCAUGCACAAUCAACUGCAUCACUUUGAUGUUGACCUAGCUAAAUUCCCCGAUGUUGUUCAGUUUGUCUGUCGCAUUAUCAAGCGCGACUACGAUGCCCCCUUUCACUCGAUCCCAGCCCACGGGCGUUACCAGCAUUUCGCCGUCGGUGGCCGCGACCGCAUCGCCCAUUUGCUAUCUACCUGGCCUGAUGACGCCGUUGAUAACACGGAAAGAUGUCGCCGUCUGAUCGACUUGUUCCUUGUCAGUGUACUGCUUGAUGCCGGUGCUGGCACGACGUGGAGCUUCAAGAGCGCCGAUAGCGGCAAGAUAUACCGUCGCUCAGAGGGUUUGGCUAUUGCCAGCUUAGAGAUGUUCAAGGCCGGCUUAUUUUCCAGCAACCCUAGCAACAAGUACCAAGUUGACAAGGAUGGGCUGAGGAAACUGACUACCGAGCAAUUAGCCAAGGGUUUACAAUCACGGCCCGGAAAUGAAGUGGCCGGUUUAGAGGGGCGUGCACAACUGCUUAUUAGGCUUGGUGAUGCACUGGCUGAGAAACAAGAGUUCUUCGGUGAGGAUGGGCGCCCCGGAAACAUGAUAGAUUAUCUUCUGGCGCACCCAACAACACAAGCUGCCUCAAGCCCCGUCGUCGUCCUCCCAGUCUUAUGGAACGUCCUCAUGGCUGGCCUGGCCCCGAUCUGGCCGAAUUCACGUACAGCCAUAAACGGCAUCUCUCUAGGUGACGCCUGGCCCUGCUCGUCGAUGCCCCAAGUGCAACAGCGUACAGUCUCGGGCUCACCAACCUUCUCGCCGUUCCCACAACAAUCGAGUCACGCCACCGAACCAUGGGAAUCCAUACUCCCUUUCCAUAAACUCACACAAUGGCUCACCUACUCGCUCAUGCAGCCUAUGCAGAGUAUUCUAAAUAUCCAGUUCGCGGGCACGGAGCUGCUAACCGGGCUACCUGAGUACAGAAAUGGAGGUUUGUUCGUCGAUCUCGGCGUUCUUACACUGAAGCCAGCUGAUAUGAAGCGCGGCCUCGAUAACUACAACAAUUACUGCGCCCGGACCGGUACCAAAGGUGUCGAGGUCGCACCCAUGUUCGAGCCCGGUGACGAUGUCAUUGUUGAGUGGCGUGGUGUCACCGUCGGGUUCCUCGAUAAGCUGUGUGCAGACGUCAAUGCUAUGCUUCGAGAAGAGUUGAAUGGUGGUGAGCUUACGUUGCCACAGUUAUUGGAAGCUGGAAGCUGGAAGGGUGGUCGCGAGAUCGCUGAAGUCAGCCGGCCGAAUACUAAAGAGCCACCUAUCCUCAUUGAUUCAGACGGAACCGUUUUUUAGACUCGAAAACGCAGAAGGUAUCCUUUCCGUGGUGAAAAGAAACGCCACAUAAUGUCUAUUCUCUUAUAGCCAGGGGAUGCACAUACAAGCGAGAGGAGAAUGGAACAAGGGAAGCGCGCGCAAGACAUGUGUGCCU